AACCAUUUUCAAAAUGAUUUCAUUAAAACUUUUGAAGAUUAUUUUUUUAUUAUUUUAUGUGAUUUUAUAUAUAAAAGCAGAAUAUACUUCGAAAAAAAAAAUUGGUCAAUUAGAUAAGUUAUUUAAGUAUCCGGGAUGGAAAAAAUUAAAUGACGUAAGCUCUAUAAAAUAUUCUAAUAAAUUAUAUUUUGUUAAAAAUCUGAUUGAAACACCUACCACUUUUAUAAAAUGUGAGCAAAAGAUACGAGCCUUGACUGUAUAUCUUGGUUGCACAUAUGCAAAAGUUAUAAAUAAUAUUUUUUCAAUUAUUAUCCACUGGCAACAAAUUUGUGAAAAAGAAAAAGAAAAUGAAGAUGAAAUGAUUUUGAAAAAUAUAUGUAUUUAUACCGAAGAACUCAUAAACACAAUAGCUAUAUUUAUUGAUCCAUUAGCAACAAUGUUAAAAGGCGCAAUGGACGCUUUAGAUUCAUUGCAUCAUUUACCAUGGGUUAAAUUUAAAAAGUAUCACCAGAAGCACUACAUGAUGAGUCCUUUGUUGGAAAGAAUAGGAAAUAUUUUUGACAAAUUGAAUAAUCCGAGCCUAUCAUGUUAUGGUAGAUGUACAAAAUCUUCGAAAUUUGAAAUCAUAGAUUCAUUUUCUAAUAAAAUAAUUGCAGAUUUAAAAUUUGAAACUUACACAUUUUGUGAAUUUGUACCUUACGAUGAGAAUUAUUUAUGGAAUCAAUGUGUUCAAGAAUAUAGAGCUAUUAAUAACCAGGGAGUAAAACUAAUAUUUUUUAAAUUCUUAACUAGGAAAAUUAAAAAUUAUAUCAAGACAGUAAUUGUCGAAAAGUAUUUUCAACUGGGAUUUAAAUUUGAUCCAAUUACUGAAGAAACGUUUAUACAAACACAAGAGGAAUUCAUUGAACUAGAAUUAGAAUUUAGAACAACAGACGAAGAACCUCCAACGCCAGUAUAAAUAAUGUUAAUAAAUAAUUAAUUUUGUUUUUAAUUUAUAUUUCAUAAUUAAUUACAUUUUUAGUAUUACUUAGUAAAUAUUUUAAUGAUUACUAAAACAUAGACAUUAAUAGUGAAUUACACAAUUAUUUAUUGGUUAAACACAUGGAAUUUUAAUACAUUAUUGAUAUUAACAAUUAUAAAAAUUUAAUAUAAAAGUGUUCUUCAAAAUAGUUAUUAAUAGACUGGAUUUUAUUAUUGAAUCAUUAUUUAAUAAAUAAAUGAGUUAAUAAUUAACUAAUAAUUACAUGUAUAAUUAUUAUACAUGUAUGCAUUUAAAAAGACCGAUAUUUUUAUUAAAUUUUGUUGCUUGUGUAUAUACAGAGUGGAACGGAUCUAACUGACAACUCUUAUAACUUAUGAUCUACAUAACAUUUUAUACUUUUUAUUUUUUCAAUUAAUUUUUACAAUAUAGAACUAUAUUUCAAAUAUGUUCUAUGUUAU